AAGUUCCUGAGCUUCGAGCUGGAGGAAGAGAAGCUGUGCUCGUACGAUUACGUCGAGGUGUACGGUGGCCUGGACGAUGAAAGUGGCCCACUGCACGGGAAAUACUGCGGCAACUCGAAUCCACCGGAAAUCAUCUCGAUGGAAGAAGGGCUGCUGGUGCGGUUCCGCUCGGACGAUACGGUCGGCUUUAAGGGCUUCUCGGCUUCGUACGUGGCCAUCAGUCCAAACGAAGACCUGCUGCUGAUCACCGAGGAGGAAGAAGAAGGUUCUGAAAGCCCCGAAAUCCUCCCGUUUCCCGGUUCACUAAAACCCGUGUUCAUCAAACAGGCCGAAGAUAUGGACGUGGAGGUGGAGCAGGUGGAAGAGGAGGAGGAGGAGGAGGUGAUGGAAGAGUGGGAAGAGGAAGCGGAGGAGGAGGAGCAGGAACAUCAGGGUCCAGGGGGCCGACGGCACACGGAGGAGGAGGCACCGGCCCUACCGGACGGCGCUAUCGAGUAUGAGGUCUUCCCCAAGCAGCUACCCUUGCCAACGAAGAGGCCAGUUCCGGACGCCGUACAGAACGAGAUACGCUCCUCGCAGGCGAUUGACUGAAACAUAAUCAAACAUCUUUCUUGCCAGCUGCCAACCCGUGGUAUCUGGUGCCAGUUGCGACAAAGCAGACAAUAUAACUCCAACCAACGAAUUCCCCUGCUCCGGCUGUAGCUGCUUCUCGCUUGGCGAACUCAUCACCAUCAACAACCCCAAGCGAGUGAGCAAAUUUAGAUUCCGGGUUGAGACUAGAAGCGAAUGGAUUUAAUAUCCACCUUUAGCUAUCAGCAGGGCGCAAGGAUCAACAAGUGUAUUCGGUUGGAAUUUAGUUUUAGGUAGAAAACCCGCCCCAUGGAGGACGAUCAUCUGUGUGCAUGUGUCCUGUGUGUACCAAAAGUCGUAGCCAGUAAAUUGAGUAGCGAUCAAUUAAACCAUAAGUAAACGGGACACACACUUCUAUAUAUAGAUAUAUAUACAGUAUAUAUAUAUGAAGAUGUAUACAUAUAUUUAGGUAUAUACAUGCAUGAAAAGUUCUAUUUACAGCGAUGCGGACACCCACGCGAGCGGAUUUCCUUGUAAUAUAUGGUACGAACCCACUGUUGUCUGCCAUCGUCUAGGGUGUUUUCAUCUUUUCUCACACUCUAUACGGCGGUGUCCACACCCCGUAGGUCCCUUCCAAUCCGUUUUAAGCACAGUUAAGGCUAGGAGCACCCGACAAUUGCUCACUAAGAAAAUGAAUUCGUUCAAAGCUCAUAUCAGCAGAUGUUACUAUAGUAAGAGUUUUUAGCCUAGAAUACAUAGCCUAGAAUGUCUUUUACUCUCUCACAUUCUUUGUCUACUUCCCGAGUUCUCAACCCUCUCUAUCUCCUACUGGGAGGGAUCAACGCUGGCGCUAACAGGAGACCAAUUUGGUGGUCAUAAGUGUUGGGCAAAAUUGUGCGCGUGCGACUGGAGAUAGGCAGGUGAUAGGAGCCGUGAGGAGAAACUCGCCGUGGUAGUUAGUAGUAAUUGUCGUUGCGGUUCAAUGCAGCGACAUAAUUUCGUGUCAUUUUUUGAAAAGAUUGAACAAUAAACUCAACCAAUUUUCGUCAUCGA